CAAUAGACUUAGAUCCCUUGUUAGUGAGUCUGUUACCAAUCAGCUUGCCUUGAGGUGUCAGGAUGGUAGUCCCUCCAGCAGUCACUAUGCCCAGGUAUCAAGUAUCUGCACCCACACUUAUGGUAGGCUUAGUGCAUCCUAUGAUCUGGUGGUGAUACGGCUGCAGAGGCUGGGCUAUAGAUAUUACUGGGAGGUCAGUGGGGCUGACCCUUUACCUUGCCGCUUGUGUGCCAGGCCAGGGGGUCACACGCUCAAACACUAUGUCCUGCAAUGUUCUGCUAUUAGUGCCUACCGCCCACAGGGCCACUGGGACCUGCCUGGGGUGGUGGGUGGUGGUGGUUCAUUAACAAUAAUGUUCUUUCAGCUGUGCUUAGUGAGUAUCCUGCAUUUGCCCCUUGAUUGUAGUCCAUAUGUACAGUCCCUUAUGUCUACUCCCCUGACUAAAUCAAGGCCUAUAUUUUUUUAGCACUUGUCCCCUACCAUUGUAUCUUUUUAGUUUCCUGGUGCUACUUACACAUGUAUCCUUAGUUGUAUAAUCACACUCUGUACUGCCUGGGGGUUGGGAUGGCAUGCUCCUCCCUUCUCCUUUGUUGUUUUACUUGCAACAAUGAACUAUCAAUCAAUCAAUCAAUCUGAGGACGUGAAGGCUCCGAGUCAAACCUGACCUGCAGACGAGACGAGGGGCCCGCGACCAAGGCCAAGACCGGAAAACAGGUGCAGCAAAACACGUUGACGUUGAGCCUUGCACGUGUCCCUGCUGGUUUGGGAGUCGGUGUGGGUCAAGUUAUUAUCAAGUUUUCAAGAUGUUUCCCUCCAAAAAUUCCAACAACACGAUGACGGCUGGCGAGGAGUACAGGGCCAAAAUGAAGGCAAUGUUUACCCAGACAAUGAAGAGUGAGCUGGAGAAGAGAGAGAAAUUAAAAGAAACACAGGCUGCUGCCAAUGAUCAUGGUCCCACUCACUCUAAAAGGGCUAAUUUUAUUCGUAAUCAAGAGGCGCAGAAAAAUGGAGCCUCACCGGGCGCAAAGAAGCGGCUGAGUGAGGAGGAAUAUGCUGAGAUUAAGAGAAGGAGAAAGGAAAAUGAUCUCUUAAGAAAGGAAUGGCCAAGAGUGUUUGUCAAUGAACAAGGUAAGAUGAGCAGCCUGAGUGUUGAGGGUGAGCGAGUCCCUCUCUUCAUGGGGGAUAUCCAGAGUCUCCUGCUUUUCUCACUUCUUGGCAACAAAUCCCUAGUGAUGCCCAGGUGGGCCAGAUGUAUAAAUGUUACCAAUGUCAAAAAUGUGGUAAUGGUUCACAUUGAAGGGGUGGGACUCAGUGAUGUCAGGCUAAAAACACCACCACCACCAGGAGAUAAUACUAACAAUGAAACAACGGACACCUGCAAAAUGGAAGCUACAGAAAACAAGGAAGGAAGUGGUAAUGUUGGUCAGAAUCCUGUGUGCAGUAGUGGUGGCAUCCCUGAGUGGAUGAAGAACUCUCUGCCCAGGACAAGCAGUGUGCUGCACCACAGCCUUGAGGUCGUGGCACCCUCCACUCAUGGGACGUGCCCUGUUGAGGAGCUACUGGAGCUGAAGACGGAGAAGAACACAAAGAGAGUAUUUGAGGAAGAAUUAGAGAAACAGGAAAAAGGCCAUGAACCAAACAAGAAAAUUAAGCCUAGUGCAUCGUUUUUUAGACGUCUCUCCAGUAUACCUCCCAAUCCCAGCGAUACGCUCCACUCCAAUGACAACUACAGCAGACUAAAGCUCCUGCUGAAGCCCGGAGACUUGGCAAAGAACUCCUUCCCCCUUCCUCUGUUGGGCUACCUUGGAAGCACUAACUCAGAGUUUGUGCUCACCUCGGAUAACUACAAGGAGGUAACAUCACAGUCUCCAAUGUUUGGUUUGGACUGUGAAAUGUGCUUGACCUCAAUCCAGAAGUUAGAGCUCACCAGGAUUUCAGUAGUGAAUGAAAAACAUGAGGUAGUCUAUCACACACUGGUGCUGCCGUACAACCCAAUAGUGAAUUUCUUGACCAAGUUCUCGGGCAUUACCCCCAAAAUGCUGUUCAAUGUCGUCAAGAGAUUGGAGGAUGUACAAGAGGACCUGCGGAGGCUGCUGCCGCCUGAUGCCAUCCUGGUGGGGCACUCCCUGGAUUCAGAUCUCACCGCUUUGAAGAUGAUGCACCCGUAUGUGAUUGACUCUUCACUGGCGUACAACCUCACUGGCAGACGCACUAAGCGUUCCUCACUCAAAAAUCUAACUGAAAUAUUCCUGAAUGAGAGGAUUCAGAUUCGUGGGGAGGGGGGCCACGACCCCACAGAGGAUGCCAUUGCCACACUGAAGCUCAUCCAGUGGAAGCUAAGAAAUGAUGAAGCUUAUGGCAACGUGAUGCUGGGUUGGAGGCCUCCUUCUGCUGCGCUUGAUGACUGGCAAGAGGUCAAGCCAGACAUUGAGGGGCAGCAGCAGCAGCCCAAAGAGGACUCUAAGCAAGGCACAGCAGACCAACAGCUCCAGCAGAAUGACAAUGUAUUAUCUGAGGAAUCUGCUGGACCAUUCAUCAGGAAGGACUUGUCUAUAUUCCAGCAUUUGCAGAAAAUGGAGUCUGUCAGCACUGCCAUCAUCACAACCUCCCAGUGCCUCAAGAGCUACCUUGGUGUGCUGGCGUCCCUCAACACCAUGCCCACCGUUGAGGCCCUCCCGGGGCACAAGCAAGUGUCUUGGCGGGCGACAGACUUUACUGCAAACACCAAACUUACCUACGUCCAUAUAGAGAUGGGCAAGAAGCUGCAGCAGUGCCAUAAUGAGGCCACAUGGCAGAAACAGUUGACCAAACUGGACAAGAGGAUGCAGAGGAUAUAUGAGUCUGCUCCCCCUAAAUCCAUCCACAUCUAUUUGUUCAGUGGGUCAUCCCUAAACGUGCCCCUCAGAGAGCGCUCCAAUGGUUUUGUCAUGGUAGGAAUCAAGGAUCUUCCCUUCAGGACAUAGCACAGUUGCUGCUGUAGUUUUGCAACCCAGGCAGUGAUCAUAAAGUGAGUAACAGAUUUUCACUUUGUACUGUGCCUUGUAAAUCAGAGACACUCGGUUAUGUAUCGUAAAGAAUAAGAAAGCUUUAAAAAAAAAAUGGAAAAUUGUUAUGAUACUUUUAGAAUAAUAAAAGUGUCAUUCCCACUGUAAUGAAUCCCCCUUCAAUGAUCCUCCUUUUUUCACACAGGCACUAGAAAAUAGAUUUAUUUCUAAUCCCCCAUGUCUUGUGGAGCUGUGACUUAUAAAUUGAAUGCUUAAUCAAACCAGUAUGUGUUCCCUAUGUCUCGGGGAGAAGCGGUCUACUGUAAUAUAGUAUUUAUAUUUUAUGGUUAUACAAAUAUGUAGCCUAUAAUCCUUUGUUUCUCUGAACAGAAACCCAGAAGUAUACAUAUUUUCUAAGUCAUUGUAUUAUAUUAAAUCACUAGUAAACAAUUUAUAUUGUUUAUAUUUUUAUAUAUAAAGUUGUUGUUUA